UUGUGUGCGUAGCAAAACCGAUAAAACAAACAAAAUCAAAACCCUCUCUCCUUUUCGCCUCAUCGGUUGGUACUACUCUGUCUUGUGCUCAGUGACUUUUCUUUAUUUUCGGGGAAAAAGUUACUCAACUCUUCCUUCUCGAAAACAAACAUCACAAGAUUCGAUUCUUCUGGAAAAAGAUGGAUAUAGAGAUUCUAAUAAGGGAUUUCGAAGGUAGAAUAAGAACGGCAGUGGAAAGUAGUGAAUAUUGGAAGCAUCGUUUCUUACAAAUGCAGAAUGAUUUAAUACAAAUGCAGACAAAAUGUAAGGAUUUUGAGGUUCAAGCAGCCGCGAGACCGAAAUAUGAACUUGAACUGUUGAAAACAUCGCAAGAAUAUAAAACUAAGUAUGAGCAAUUAUCUGUUGAGUUUCAAAAGAAGAAAUUAGAGUGGGGUGUAAUUGAGGGUAAGUAUCAAGACCUAAAUAUCAGUAAGAUAUCUGUUGAAAACGAGGUCAAGGAGUUCAAGAUUACAUGCAAUCAGUUAGAAACACAGAAUAAGCAUUUAAUGGAGGAACUCAAAGCGAUAUGCCAAAGAGUGACUGGAGAACGACUAAGAAUUAAGAUUCUGGAAGAUGAAUGUGAUCAAUAUAGGGAAAAGUGUUCUCAACUCAGUGGUGAGAUCAAGGGUUUGGAAGAGGAAAGGGAUCAAUUUAGGGAAAAGUGUGUUCAACACAGUGAUGAGACCAAGGGUUUCAAAGAGGAAAGGGAUCAAAUUAGGGGAAAAUGUGUUCAGCUAAGUGUUGAGAUUAAGAAAAUGGAAGACGAAAGGGAUCAGUUCAGGGAAAAGUGUGUUCAACACAGUGGUGAGAUUAAGGGUUUGGAGUGCGGGAAGACGAAAUUAAAUGAUGAAAUUGGAGUUUUGAAGGAGAAGUUAAAGGAAUCUGAGAGUCAAUCAGCCAAGCGGCUGAUAUGUGGUGUUGAAUUGGGGAAAGAUCUGGAGGUUAAUAAAAUCAAGUGCCGUGGUCUGUCUACGGAGCUUAAGGAGAAGGAAAUGGAGUGUGUUGGGCUUGAGGAUAAGCUGAAGAACCUAAUGUUAGUGAAGGUUGCUGUAGAAGACGAGCUUAACAAGUACAAGACAGCAUUCUGUGAAAUGCAAGCGAAAAUUACUAGUCUAGAAAGAGAGCGAGAUGUUAUGACUGAUAGAGAGAGGAUGGCUCGGGAAAGAAAUGCUUACUUGGAAGGUCUAGUUAAGAAGAUGGAAAAUGAUGAAAGGGAAACUCUGAGGAUCACACAGGAAAGAAAUGCUUACUUGGAAGGUGUAGUUAAGAAGAUGGAAAAUGAUGAAAGGGAGACUUUGAGGAUCGCACAGGAAAGAAAUGCUUACCUGGAAGGUGUAGUUAAGAAGAUGGAAAAUGAUGAAAGGGAGACGCUGAGGAUCGCAUAUGAAAGAAAUGCUUACUUGGAAGGUCUAGUUAAGAAGAUGGAGAAUGAUGAAAAGGAGACUCUGAGGAUGGCUCAGGAAAGAAAUGCUUACUUGGAAGGUCUAGUUAAGAAGAUGGAAAAUGAUGAAAGGGAGACUGUUGUUCAGCUUAAGACACAGAACAGGGAUUUGGAGCAUGGGAAACAAAGCGCAGAAUGUGAAAUCGAGACUUGGAAGAAGAGGUUUUCAGCGUUGGAAACAGAGGUCUUAAGGUUUAAAGAACAAAAUGCAACUUUGAGAGGCUUACAGAAUGAAGUUUGUCAAGAUGAUAAAUAUAAGACAUUUAUGAAUAAAGAAACUUGCAGGAAAAUGGAUGGUGAGGUCAAUGUUGCUACGGUGGAUCACUCAAGAAUGAAAGAUAAUAUGUUGAAUAAAACUGCAACUAUUCUUAAUUCUGCUCUUCCACCCAACCCUUCUUCACUAAAAGAAAAUAUAAGAGAAGUACAUAGAUCAGGCCCACCUUUUAUCAGUAACCAAUCUGAGCCUUCAGAAGCUAUCAAGGAUAAGCAGAAGAAUAUUCGGUUAGAUUCUAAGGUGGAAUCUGUCAUUGCAGUUAAAAAGCAGCUAAGUUUUGAGAGAGAAGGGAGCUCCAGAGAAAAGCUAGUUUUGAUCAAUCAAGGUACUGUAGCAACGUCAUCUACAGGUAUUAUUGAGAUCGACGACAGUGGGGAUGAAAAGGAGAUUGAUGAAACCUUGAAAAGUUCUUCAGGUAAUGGAAAUAAUCUGAGAGCCAAGAAGUAUUUAAAGAGGCCAUUAUCAGCUAAGAAAAAUGAGGAGUGUGAAAGGAAUUUCGACGAGGAUGUCACUUCAAUCCCAUUAUCUUCAACUACAAAAAGAAGUAGGAUAUGUGGAAGUAAGAGUCAAGAUGAUGACAAGAUUCCAAUAGGUAAGCUUCUGAAUUUGUGCAAUGGAGAUGAGAAAGUCGAAAGACGGGAAUCCUCUUCCAAGAGAUCCUUUUUGCUGAAACAGUGCCAAAAGAAGAAGAAUAUGGUGAAAGGAACAUCAAGAAAUGAGAGUGCAACACUAAAUGAUUCACAAAUGAGUAGGAUGUCAUAUCAGAAAGCAGCCAAGCCAACUUUUGCUAAUGGACGAAAGAAUGUGUUGGGAGAAUUUGGUUCUAAUACAGAAGGUGAACAUUUCGGUGGGAUGAUUGUAAAACCCUCUGAAAGUGCAGAUAGCGGAGAUAGUUCUAGUGAUUCAGAAGAUUUAGGAGAUAAUGAUUUUUCUUUUAAGCAGGUUGCAAAAAUUAUAAGAUCGAGACAAUCAAAAUGGCAGUUUGAGGCAGACUUGUUCUCUUCAUUACAAAAGGACCCUGAACUCUGUAUGAGGGCUAUUUGUGCUCUUUAUCGACAGCAAAUAUCUAAAGAAAAAUAUACGAGGGGUUCAUUGGAUUCCAAUGAGCGAGGCUUUAACGUGAAUGAUGCCCUCAGGGGAACCACUUUGGCCGAGUUUCUGAUGGAUGGGAACCACGAAGGUGACUUGAAGAAGUCCAUAAAGGAGUUGGAGAUGUUCGACUCGAAAGCACUUGAGGAUUGCAAAAAACUAUCUAUGUACUACUCGACGCAGUUAUUCAGCAUAUAUCAGAGCAAAGAUGAUCCUUUCUUCCUUCCCUCCUAGUUCAACUGGUAGUUAAGAGAUCAACUCGCAAACUCUUGUAUAUUUUUUGUGUCUGUGAACCUGUUAAUCUCCCCAAAGAGGUAUCACAGUCAUUCCCUCCCUUUUUUGCUGUUGGUAUGCAUGUUAUAUGUGCACGGUAUCAGAUAGAGAAGGGUCCUUUUGUUACUUCCUAGAUAUGUCAAUCAGUUAAUAGAGAUCAGACUUCAGGCACCGUUAGGUGAUUUGGAAGUUGCUUUUGCUAA